CUUCAAUGAUAUCCAGCAGUGUUGGAGUUAAUAUGGCGGUGGGCGGAGUCACCUUGUAAAUCCUCUCCGCUGAUUGGCCGCUUCCGUUAACUGACAGCUUAGUUAGUGCCAGCCUGUCGAUUAGUUGAGUUUGGCGCGAAAUCGGUCACGUGACCCCGAGAGUUUGGCGCGAAAGUCCCGGUUAGUGUCUGAGAGAGCAGGAAGCCGCCAUAACCGCUCAGCAUGGACCUGGCCGACCCCGCGCUCGCCGCUGCCGCUUCCCAGCAAGUCAAGGAUGAGGUGGCCGAGAAAUGCCAGAAACUCUUCCAGGACUUCUUGGAGGAGUGAGUACUGACCCGGGGGCCCACGGCACCGGCUCUCAGGGGCCACAGCCUCCCUGGGGCCCACUGCACGGCUCUCAGGGGCCACAGCCUCCCUGUCUCUGGGGCCCACGGCUCUCAGGGGCCACAGCCUCCCUGUCUCUGGGGCCCACGGCUCUCAGGGGCCACAACCUCCCUGUCUCUGGGGCCCACGGCUCUCAGGGGCCACAGCCUCCCUGUCUCUGGGGCCCACGGCUCUCAGGGGCCACAGCCUCCCUGUCUCUGGGGCCCACGGCUCUCAGGGGCCACAGCCGCCCUGUCUCUGGGGCCCACGGCUCUUAGGGGCCACAGCCGCCCUGUCUCUGGGGCCCACGGCACGGCUCUCGGGGGCCACGGCCUCUCUGUCUCUGGGGCCCACGGCAGGGCUCUCGGGGGUCACGGCCUCUCUCUCUCUGGGGCCCAUGGCACGGCUCUCGGGGGCCACAUAAUAUGGGGGUGGUAUAUAAUUAUGGCUCAUGUAAUGGAUACUGCGCUCUGGAACCUGUUGGCUCUAUAGGAGUGCAUGGCUUUAGCAGGGAUGGCUAUUUUAUAGCUAAUGUGUAAUGUGGGUUUCAUGAUACUAUUAGCUGAGCAUCAUGGGAAACGUAGUCUCCAACAGCUGGAGUUGCCAAGGCUAUUCAUGCUGCGCUGUGUCAGACUUUAUCACAAUUAAGGCAACAAAGCAGGAUUACUGUAUGUAUUGUUAGAAAUUCAAAGGGAAUCUUACACUGUAAGCUUAAAUGAGCAAACUAGAAUGGAAAACUACUUUAUGAACUUAUUUUUUGUUUGCAUGGCUUGGUCUAAAACUUGAAAUUUUACUUUGAAUUUCCAUCAGUUCACAUUGUCAUGAGUAACUUCUGUUAAAGGAACACUAAACAGAUCUAGGCACACCUUCCUGUAGUGCAGGGGUCCUCAAACUUUUUAAACAGGGGGCCAGUUCAUGAUCACUCAGACACUGGGGGCCGGACUAUUAAAAAAAAAAAAAAUGCACACAGAUACUCUCAGACAGGCAGACCUAUGCACGCAGAUAGAUACAUGCAUGCAUACGUACACCGCUAAUUUAGCUUAACAUUUUUUGCAGGAAGGUGGCUGUGGCUGAUGGGAUUCGGUGUGGCUCCUGCGGCCUGCCUCUCUUCCCUCCCCUCCAAGCAGUACUUGCGGCUGCGGUUUUUAUUAAAAAAAUAAUAAUUUAUAAAGGGUCCCGGUCGCGCUAUUGUACGACUGCAGCGCUGACCUGGCCCCUGAAGAUAUAGGGCAGAUCAGGUGGCCCUGAGUGUGGGUCAGGUUCAGGACCCUGGCGGGCCAUUGUUUAAGGACCCCUGCUGUAGUGGUUCUGUUGCCCUGAGCUCCAUGGCUUAUUUUAAACCAAGGAACCUCUUCAGUCUCAACUGCAUUGAAAAAGCUUAAAGGAACACACUGGUAUUCCAGACACUAUAGUUUUAAAACCACGUUUAGGUGUACAGGCCCCCCUUUUCUACAUUUAUAUGUAUUUUUACUCACCUAGCACUGUUUCGGCAUUGAAAUCACUGGCCACGCUCCAUUCCGCUUCCAUGGCUAAGAUGAUCAAAUUUGACAAUAUCACACAAUCUAAUGCUUUCACAUAGGUGGCUAUUACACAUGCGUAGCAAAACGCUGCAACAAUUCUUACAGGGAGCAUUCAGCGUCUCUCAGUGUUUUGUUCAUAAGGCCUGCCAACAAACUGCUCCUGCUUUCAAUGAUAUUACCAUUGUUUUCUUACAAAAUCCUAAAUUUUGUUUACAUUUUUGUUCUGUAAUCUAUUAUGGAUAACCUGCUACUAACACAACAUAAUCCAACAACCAGUCACAUGGGAGGUUUAAUAGCGUGUGCUGAAAAAUAAGUUAAUGUUAAUUUUUUUUGAUUCUAGUUUUCAGGGACAGGAUGGAGAAAUAAAGUAUCGAAGCGAAGCAGAGGAAUUGAUUCGACCUGAGAGAAACACUCUGGUGGUCAGCUUUCUGGAUCUCGAGCAGUUUAAUCAACAGCUGGCGACAACUAUUCAAGAAGAGUUUUAUAGGUGCAUAGCUAUGUAUAGUUGUCUACAUUAUAAUGUGCCUGCACAAAUAAAAAGGACAAUAUAGUCGCCCAACAACUUUAGCUUAUUGUAGCAGUUUUGGUGUAUAAAUCUUGCCCCUGCAGUCUUACAGCUCAGUUCUCUGCCAUUUAGGAUUAAUUCACUUUUUUUGUGCAGCCCUGGUCACAACUCCCUGCAUGUGACUGACACAGCCUUUCUAAAUAUUUCAUAAAUCAUCUAAUGUUUACACUUGCUUUAUUGUGACUGUUUAAUUUAGAAUGUCUUAUCUUCUCCUCUGUUUAUAGCUUGCUAGAACCUACAACAAUUUGCAUUUAAUGUUCCAUUUACAGAUCAGGAGUUAAAAACUUUUAAAGUAACAUCUGAUUUAAUUUAAAACAAUGUUUUAUUUUCGUGAAGCUGUCAGUCACAGCCAGUGGAGGUGUGGCUAGGAUUGCAUAAACAAACAAAAGUGAUUUAACUCCUAAAUGGCAGAGAAUUGAGUGAGACUUCAGAGGCAUGAUCUAUACACAAAAACUGCUUAAUUAAAGGUAAUCUCCACUGCCCAAUUAUAAAAUGUGAUAAAAUAGACGUUUAGUAACGUUGUUUUGGGGACUAUAGUGUCAGUUAAUGAUAUUUAGUGUUCUGUAGAAGAGUUUUUGCAGGUGUCCAGUGAUUGUUCUUCCUUUGUAACAAAGGUCAGUAGGUGGCUGGUGCAAUACCCUGCAUAAGAACAAUCUUCAAAACCAUAGACUCUCAUACUGGACUAAAACCUUUCAGAUUGCCAAUAGCAGCUCUAAGAAUGCAACAACUAGGGACGUUCAUUCCUCCUGAAUCUUGACUUACAGGAUGAUUAGUUUGACAUCUCCUUUGAAGUAUGGCAUACCUUUUCAUCGAGCAGUGGUUCCCAACCCAGUCCUCAAGUACCCCCUAGCAGUCCAGGAUUUAAUGUCUACCCUUACUUGAGGACUGGGUUGGGAACCCCUGAUCUAGAGCAUUAGAUCUGAAAGGCAUAUCCUUGGACACUUCUGUUUGGCUUUUUUAAGGUUAAUUCAGGCAACGUGACAGUGAUUUAAAGUAGUCAUGGUGUCUGGAUUAUGUACGUGCAGAUUCUCUAUGAAAACCUCGUAGGAGAUUAAUUCCUCUGCUGCCAAAGGUAUUACACCACCUCCAGUAGUCAUUGGGGUGUUAUUAGCCAGCCCAAAACACAUAUUCUGGGUUGCUAAUGUCAAUUCUGUGCAAAUUACAAUGAUCGGAUGCUCAUUGAUGGACUGAGCAGUCAGCUGAUGUUCCCAGCCAACCAAGGUGGCAAGAUCUUAAAUCUGCCUUCAGAGAGCAGGAUUUGGACAGGACGCAGGUAAGUUGUUGAACGGCUUGCCCAUUACUAGGGAACUAUGCCAUGAGGCUGGAGUAAACUUUUAAGUCAGGCUUUCUAUCUCUUCUGUAAGUAAAGAGUUGUAUAAUCAUAUCUUGCUAGAAAACUUUGUCUAAAACUUGUUCCUUUUUUUAUUCAUUUCCAGGGUGUACCCUUUCCUAUGCAGAGCAGUCAGGUCAUUUGCAAGAGACCAUGGAAAUGUACCACUAAACAAGGAGUUUUACGUUGCUUUCCAAGAUCUUCCUACCAGACACAAGUAAGUAACUUGGGUUACUGUUGUAGAAAUGGGUGGUGUUGACCUUUAUGAAUCAAAUAUGAUCGUUCAGCUGUUUUUAACCCCUUAAGGACACAUGACUUGUGUGACAUGUCAUGAUUCCCUUUUAUUCCAGAAGUUUGGUCCUUAAGGGGUUAAGUAUUCUAAUUUAUAUACUUUAGUAUUAAUGCCAGGUGUCCAUAUUCAAGAUAAAGAUGUGAAAGAUACCCUUUUUAUUUUUGGCAUUUGCAAUACAUCAUUAACUGUGUUAACGGAGUCUUAUUCCCAUCUUUAAAGGACCACUAUAGUGAACUGAGGGUGCCCCCACCCUCAGGGUCCCCCUCCCGCCGGGCUCUAGGGGGUGGAAGGGGCUAAACGUACCUUUUUCUCAAGCGCCGGGCGGGGAGCUCUCCUCCUUGGCUGAAUGCGCAUUCAGCCAGUCUCAUAGGAAAGCAUUCACAAUGCUUUCCUAUGGACGCUGGCGUCUUCUCACUGUGAUUUUCACGGAAGCACCUCUAGCGGCUGUCAAUGAGGCUGGAUUAACCCUAAUAUAAACAUAGCAGUUUCUCUGAAACUGCUAUGUUUAUAGAAAAAAGGGUUAACCCUAGCUGGACCAGGCACCCAGACCACUUCAUUAAGCUGAAGUGGUCUGGGUGCCUAUAGUGGUCCUUUAAUUCGUACAUAUUUACUUUAUAAAUAUACUUAACUGUGUACAUUAUGGUUAAAACAGUAAAUGUAUUUUAUAUGGUGUACUUUAUUAAUGUGAAUCUGUAAUGCAGUUCAAUAAAUUUAAAAUGCUGGAGUGGUAUAAAAAGGCCAUGCAUGGCAUAAGAUUUCAGUCUGAUAUAUUACAAGUGAAAAAAUUAGUCUUGCGUGAAAGCAGGCACUUAUAGGCAGUCCCAAAGAUCACAAUCUUAACACUUUUUUUGUUAUCCUCACACAGGAUAAGAGAGUUGACCACUCCUCGUAUUGGGUCCUUGCUCCGUAUCAGUGGUCAAGUUGUCCGAACCCACCCUGUGCACCCAGAACUGGUGAGUGGAACCUUUGUGUGCCUCGACUGCCAGACAGUUGUCAGAGAUGUGGAGCAGCAGUUCAAAUACACACAGCCAAGUAUCUGCAGGAAUCCGGUGUGUGCUAACAGGAGGAGGUUCAUGUUGGACACGAACAAAUCCAGAUUUGUGGACUUUCAGAAGGUAAUAAUAUUUAAUAUGAAUUUUCAUUCGAUUGUGCCUUGGUAAUGGUCUCUUGCUUAAAAUACUUCAUCUGGGUAGCCCUGCAAGUGUUGGCAUUCUAGAGUAGGGUUUCAUAUACCAAUUAUUAGAUGCCUACCAUCUGUUUAUAAAUCCACUGUAACAAAUGCUUUUCUGAAUUAAUGACAUGAUUGUCUCUUGUUGUAGCUGAUUUCAGUCAAAAUUUUUGCUCUUUAGCUCUCAAGAUCUUAUUUGCUUUGUUCCAGGUUCGCAUUCAAGAGACCCAGGCAGAGCUGCCACGUGGAAGCAUUCCACGCAGUCUGGAAGUGGUUCUGCGAGCAGAAGCUGUUGAAUCGUGUCAGGCUGGUGAUCGAUGUGAUUUCACUGGGUCUCUGAUUGUUGUACCUGAUAUAUCCCAGCUAACAACUCCAGGUACCCGAUCUGCAUUUUGAGAUUUGUCUAGUAGCAUUAGUUUGAAUACUUCACCUGUGCUCUCCUGUAACUGCACACAAGCUCAUUGUUUCGCAAAACUCUACUGUAAAUAUAUAGAAAAGGAAAUAUAUGAACAGAAACAUAGCUUUUCCUCUUCUAGAAAUUGUAGCACCCUGCAUCUAAAACAAUAACAAAUUUUCCUCUUGUAGAGUUUUGAGAGACACGGUUUCUUUCGAUGGAACACUUGGUAAACAAACCUGACUCCUAGGUGGCAGUGUGUUUCCUCUCCUUGUUUGGAAUGUUUUUUUGUUUGUUUUUUGCCAAAAGUAUGCACUAUAUUAAACUUCCAGAACAUUGCAUAUGGAACCUGAACUACAAGUCAAUACCCUUUUUUUUAAAAAAUUUUUUUAUUUUAACAACCUAUUAAACCUAGACUCCUUUUUCUUUUCAAGCGGUUUACCAGAUUUCCAAAGGUUUCUGUAUCCAGGUGGUGGGGCCAUUUGUCAGGUGACAAUUGGUGUCUUUGCUUGGUAUAUAUUUAAGUGACAAUCUUCAAUAUUUUCCUCCACGUAGGUGUGCGUGCAGAAACCAGCUCCCGGGUGUCUGGGGCAGAAGGUUAUGAGACAGAGGGUGUGCGUGGACUACGAGCUCUUGGCGUGAGGGAUUUGUCCUACAAACUAGUAUUCCUGGCGUGCUAUGUCUCUCCAACUAAUCCAAGGGUAUGUUGCUCUGGGAGCAGAUGGAAUAAAGUAAUUUUGUCAUUAAAAAGGACAUGUGGGGAUUUUUCCAUAGCUUAACUAUCUACUUAUAAAACACAAGGACAUUAGACUGCUGUACAGUGCUCUGAGUUACUUUUACCCUUACUGGAUAGCCCCAAAACCGUGGGUUCUAAAUUCGCUUUGAAUCCACCUUUUGAUGAUACCUGCAUAAGGACUUGCCAGAACUGGGAUCAGCAGGAUAACUGUUUAAUUUUACUUUUUUUUAAACUGCAUGUGAUUAAAAUACUAUUCUGUAAUAACAUGUAUAAUACAUGCACAAUCUGUCAUUAAAUUCUAUUAUGCUUAUUUGGCAACAAUUAUUUAUGAUUGCUUAGCAGUGCCAGGUGCCUGUUUGCAGAUUUGACUAAAGAGGUGUUCUCUCUUUUAGUUUGGUGGAAAGGAUCUCCAUGAUGAAGACAUGACUGCAGAGAGCUUGAAAAACCAGAUGUCUGUGAAAGAGUGGGAGAAGGUGUUUGAAAUGAGUCAGGAUAAGAACCUCUAUCACAAUCUCUGUACUAGUCUCUUUCCCACUGUUCAUGGUGAGUCUUAACUACUGCAGAUUUUUAGUAUUGAUUUCUUGAUCCUUGUCCUCAAGUAAACCUGCCUCCUAACUUUCCAGGCAAUGACGAGGUAAAGCGAGGAAUCUUGCUCAUGCUGUUUGGGGGUGUUCCUAAGUCGACUAUGGAGGGCACAUCGUUACGCGGAGACAUCAAUGUUUGUGUUGUUGGUGAUCCCAGUACUGCAAAGAGCCAGUUCCUCAAGUAAGAAAACUUGAUCAUUCAUUAAAGGGAUUCUAUCGUGCCAGGAAAACAAAGCAGUUUUUCCUGGCACUAUAGAGUCUUACAGUGUGCUCCCACUGCGCGGAAGAGGUUAAAACCCCUUUGGUCAAAUACCUGAAUCCAGUGCCAAUGUCCCUCAGCGCUGGAUCAGGCUCCGCCCACGCUCCUCCAUACAUGGCCAUUCAAUGCUUUCCUAUAGGGAAAAAUCUUGACGAUGGAGGUCCUCAUGCAGAGCAUGAGGACAUCCAGCAUCGGAUAACGGACCAAAUGUCCAUAUCAAUUCAGGAAGUCCCUCUAGUGGCUGUCUGGUAGAGGAGUUAACACUCAGAGGUAAUUAUUGCAGUUUCUCAAAUUGCAAUAAUUACCACUGUAGGGUUAAGGGACAUGGUACAUUGCACCUAGACCACUUCAAUGAACUACAGUGUCCCUUUAAUCAGUGCUCAAAAUUUCUAGGGCAGCACUACUUGAUGAACCUGAAAGUUACAUAAUACUGCAAGACUAGAGCCUCUGUGGCAUAAUCACCAAAAAUAAAUCUCUGCUCUUCAGGGCUGAAUUUUUCACUAGCCAGUUGCUAGUCUAAAUAUUGAGCAAUGCAAUAUAAUUUUUUUUUUUUAAUUAUAUAACGUAAAGCAACAGGAUAUGGCAAAUUCUAAUAUUUUGAAAAGGCAAACUUGCUGCAGCAAUGGGAACAGGCUUGGAGAAAUCCAGUGUUUGUGUCAAACUGAGGAGUUUGACAAAGGAUGUUGGCACCCACAUGCUGUUUGCUACUUCAAUGUGUUGUAUUGUUUAGGUUUGUUGGCUCAAGUGAAUUGUUUUUGUUUAGACACGUGGAGGAGUUCAGUCCUCGUGCAGUAUACACAAGUGGUAAAGCAUCUUCUGCUGCUGGUCUGACAGCUGCAGUUGUGAAAGAUGAAGAAUCCCACGAGUUUGUGAUUGAGGCUGGGGCCCUCAUGUUGGCAGAUAAUGUAAGUAACCUGUGACUGACCGACCAAAUGAGUGCUAAAUAAUGCCAUUUAAAAUAUUUUGCGUGUUUGCCAUUUGACAUCAAAAGGUUAGCUCAUCUUCAUAAAACUGAACACAUUGACAAGUCUUCCAAUUUGUGUCCCACAAUAUUUGCAAGACAAACAUACUUCAGCUUUUGUAAUACUUCACAAUACUAUCAAAUGGCAUGCACCAUUUCUGGGACUUAUUAAAAGAAGGGCUUGUAUAUAACAGGUUUUUUUGUUUGUUUUUUUACUUUUUUAGGGUGUAUGUUGCAUUGAUGAGUUUGACAAGAUGGAUCUAAGGGACCAGGUUGCUAUCCAUGAAGCCAUGGAACAGCAGACUAUUUCCAUUACCAAAGCUGGGGUCAAGGUAAAUACAAAUACUAAGGACCUGCUGUUUUAAGAUUGUCGUUUGUGUGGUGUUUUUUUUUUUUUUUAUUUUUUUUUUUAUUAAUACUUUGCUCUUACUCCUCUAACUAUCCAAGGCAACACUUAAUGCCCGGACUUCCAUUUUGGCUGCUGCAAAUCCUGUUGGUGGUCGUUAUGACCGGUCCAAGUCCCUAAAGCAAAAUGUGAAUUUGUCUGCUCCAAUCAUGUCAAGAUUUGACCUUUUCUUCAUCUUGGUAGAUGAGUGUAAUGAGGUAAGGCUGGUUUUGUAACUAAGUGUUACCUGUAUAAUAUCUGUAUGAAACAUUCUUAUAGUGGGUUCUCUGCCAGGAUUAUGUUACUAAAAUGCAAAUAAGGUCAUUCAAGUAAUAGUCAUUCUUGAUUACAUGAAGAAAGUUGUUUGGGAAAACUUUACUUUACAAUGAGUACUUAUUUUUGUGGUAAACGGUGUGAAGAAUUCAUUACAAUAACACUAAAUAUAGAAUAGAGUUGUAAGACCAAUCUAAAGAGUUCUCACACUGUAAAUGGUCAUUGGGUAAAUGCCUCUGGUAAAAAAUUUUUAGAGCUCCUGCUUUUUAGAGCCCACUCUUGUCACCAUAUAUUGGUUCUCAAAUGUGUUCACUUUGGUUUUUAGGUAACAGAUUAUGCCAUUGCGCGGCGUAUUGUUGACCUUCACUCUAGGAUCGAAGAAUCCAUUGACAGAGUUUAUAGUUUGGAUGAAGUCAGACGGUAUCUGCUGUUUGCCCGACAGUUUAAACCAAAGGUAUAUUUCUCAAAUUUGCUGUAUAUUUUAUGGGUGCUCUGUGGGUUUAUUUUUCUCAUAGCCUUAGUUUUACCAUUCAUAUGAAUGUCAACAGAUCUCUAAGGAGUCAGAGGAUUUCAUAGUGGAGCAGUACAAAAGGCUACGCCAACGUGAUGGCUCUGGAGUCGCCAAAUCAGCCUGGAGGAUAACGGUUCGGCAGCUGGAAAGUAUGAUACGGUUGUCAGAGUCUAUGGCAAGGAUGCACUGCAGUGAUGAGGUCUGUACUAAAACAUGCUCUUACUCUUGAUUUGUUUCUAUAUCACUCACUUAAAGCAUAGUGCUCUUUCAGCUUUUGUGGGUGAGUGUGUGUGUGCUCUCUCUCUCGCACUUACUGUUGGCUUUAGCUGAAAAUAGAACAUGAACAUAUUGGAUGACUUGGAAAUUAAAGUUUCAAAAUGUAAUUGAGAGGAAAAUAUUGGCCCAAGAUUUCAGUUAAACCGGUCAUAUUUCUUAUACACAAUAUUGCCUGCUGUGCUCUUGAUUUUGCACAUAGGACUGAAACAAAUGUGAAUAAUCAGAUAAUUUGUACAAAAUUAUGUCUAUUUGAAAUCUCUAACUUGCGUGUUUUUGUGUCUCCUAUUGGCUAUGUGGCUUGACAGCCAUAUUGAAAGUUAUUAAAUGUUAUGUUUUAUUAAACAAAACUGCUUGAUUAAACUUUCUAGUGUGCUUUACUUUUGCUUUGGGCCUGUGUGAUGCAAAAGUCAAUUUAAAAAAAAACACUCGUUUCCUGUGGUUUGUAUUGUACAGGUACAGCCGAAACAUGUAAAGGAAGCCUUCCGGUUAUUAAAUAAGUCUAUCAUCAGAGUUGAAACUCCUGAUGUUAAUUUGUAUCAAGAUGAUGAAAAUGAAGCCGCAGAGGAACCUCAGGGCCUAGUGAAUGGUAAGGCACAUUACCAUUUUCUAUACUGGAACAGUAUUGAUAACAUUCUAGGUGGUAACACGCUUGUCUGGUGCUUGCAGGAGAUGCUGGUAUUCCCAAUGGUAUAAACGGUCAUGUAAAUGGUGUUGAUGGGCGUGUAGAUGAAGAAAUGAAGGAUGCAACUGCCAAACCUUCCCUGCGUCUGAGCUUUGCGGAAUACAAGCGCAUUUCUAACUUGUUGGUUUUACAGUUGAGGAAGCUUGAAGGUAAAUGACUAAAGGAUAAAUUCCUAUGCAGUUUGUCCUGACUGAUUCUCUUUAAAUUGGGGUUUGAAUAUGAUCUAUGCAUAGCGCUAGUCAUUAUGUAUCUAAAAUACAGGAAUACCAAGUUAAGUAAUCUAGCAUAUAAAGAUCACAUCAUUCUGUGGUUUGGCCAAGUUGGUAAAACUAGAAGAAACUUGCCUUCUGGAGUUAAAUUAGUUUUGAAAAGUUUAACAGUUUUGUCCUACAGUGCCUAACCGCUCCGCUUAUGACCUCAAGGAAGGCUUGCCAUGUCAGCUGAGUCUCUACUUGCUGAUCAGUGGCUGCAUAUUAAGACUAGUAGUAAUUUAAAGUCCUCUUAAUGGGGAGCCAUUGAUGGGCAGAGCAUCAGCCAUCACAAGCUGCAAAGGCAAACCUUCCUGUAAUGUACGGGAGGAAGAGGCAGAGAAGAUGGGUGACUAACAUAAAAAUAAAUGGUAUAACCCUUGAUUGUUAAACAAUACCCAAUGACUCCAGCCCCUGUAAAACAUCGAAGUCAUGGGGGUUGGAGUCUGACUUUUGAAGUGUUCCUUAUUACAUUUAGUAAUAAACUUAACACACAUCCUGUAUGUGGUUUUUGUGUUCUACAAGAGUAAAUAUAGUCUAGAAGGACAGAAAAGGGGGAGAGAAGAAAGUUUCCAUGUCUCAUUGUUCAUACUUCAAAAGGAGCCAGUGAUUAAAUAAUCCAUAUCUCCAGGGGGAUAUUUUUCAUACAUAUGUCAUAACUAUUUGCAUGUUUUUCAGAGAAGCCUAAUCUGACUUCCCUUUUUUAAAAAAUAAAAAAAAUUUGCCAUUAAAAUCUUGUCCAUUAAGCUGGUAUUCAGACUUUUCAGAUUUGAGUAUCUUUCACUAUAACCACAUUGGAGCAAUGUACACUGAUCUAUCAUAACAUCUGCUUCCCUUACUUAAUAUUGACAGAUGAGGAACUUUCUCAGAAAAAAAGUGAACUAGUCAACUGGUACUUAAAGGAGAUCGAGUCUGAAAUUGAUUCUGAAGAAGAACUUGUCAAUCGUAAAAUGAUGAUCGAUAAAGUGAUUCAUAGACUUGUAAACUAUGUAAGUAUAUGUUGUAACUGAGUGUAUAACGUAAUCAUUUUUAAAAUAUAUUUUUUGGAAAGGGGAUUAGUGUAUUUUUGAUGGUGCCCUUGUUUAACAAGUAACUGUGUGUUGGUAGGUUUAUUUAAAUGGAUAUUUGAUCUGCAUAGCAAUAGUGAAUUUGGAGCUAUUUCUCAUUUAUAUAUUUACAAAGUCUGUUUAAUCAGUUAUAGUAUAAACAAUGUUUCUGGGGUUACAAUGCAGUAAGGGGUAAUGAUGCAAUCACUCCUGCUAUGUCCAGAAACUAGUUCUCACGAUACUGGGCACUUACAUAAUCCGAUUUGCAUGGAAUCUGUUUGUGCCAUUGCAAUGCACACACUGACAUUUUUGUGAUUUUGGUCAACUUUACACUUUGAUUUAAGCUGAUAAGAAAUGCACGGAAUUUCCAUUUUACAAACCACUAACCUGGUACACAUUACUGGUGUGUCCACUCCUAGUGGAAAGAUGUCUGCUUCGUGCUUUUUCUUUAAAAUAAAGAGGGUACCUCUUGUGCCCAGUCUACCUGCAUACAUUGCAAUGUCAACUUUGUGUGUGUGGUUUAAAAAAAAAAAAAAAGCCUGGCAGUAGUCCAGGUUUUUGCAGGAUCUAAUCGGGGCUCAAAUAUGGAGUCUGCGCUGCUUCUUCAGGAGUGUUACAGGGUGAAAUUCAGCCAAAUGAAAUGGUUAAUUUUUCUUUGUCUUUUAGGACCACAUCUUAAUUGAACUCACACAGACUGAACUGAAAAGCCUAUCCAGUAAGGAAGAGGAAGCAUCGAAAGAUGAAGACCCAUUUCUAGUGGUGAAUCCAAACUACAUGCUGGAUGACUAGACCCACUGCCGCCACUAUCUCUUGUGCUUUAACAUAGACUUCUAGAAGCUUCAUUUUGCUCAACUCUGCUAGAAUUUGAUCGGGAUUUCCUUUAUAUCCUCUGCACAUUAUCAAAGGAUGUUACCACACUUGUAACUUGGCAUUUUCUUAAGGUCUCUGGACUUGUUUUAUUCAGACUUUAUUUUAAAAGGUCAAGAUCUGGAGUUUAUCCUGUUUGACACAAUUUUGUGGGUCAUACUUUUUGAAUUUUGAUACUUUUGUAUUUCCAUCUGCAACUGCUGUAGAUUUGUUAAAUAUAUUAAAACAUCUUAAUUGUGAACGUUAAUGUAUAUU